GGGGCGCCGCGCGCAUGCGCGGUGCGGGCGGCGGCGGCGCUGCAGCACGGAGCGGUGUCGGAGCGCGGGGCGCAGAGAGAGCCAUGGCUGGGGAUGGCGAGGGACGCGGCCACACACCCGCCGCGGCCGCGGCUGCGGGGCCCGGCCUGAGGGAGCGGCGGCCCUAGGACCGGCCCGGCCAGCAGCGGGAAAAAAUAAAUAAAUACAUUGCCACAAAAUAAAAAUUAAAAGGAAAAAAAAAAAAAACCCAACCGAAACCGGGAAAGCCAGCAGCCCGGCAACAGCAGCAGCAGCACCGCCACCACCAGCCCGCAGCGCUCGCCCGCCGCCGCCGGCCCGCGGGAGCAACCGGCCGCCGCCAAGAGCUCCUGGACGCCCCGCCGCCCACCAGAUAGAUGUGCGGUCCCGCCGCCCGCACGGCCGACGAUGAACGCGCAGCUGGCGAUGGAGAACAUCGGCGAUCUGCACGGGGUGAGCCAUGAGCCGGUGCCCGCCGCCGCCGACCUGAUGAGCGGCAGCCCCCACCACCGGAGCACGGUGGCCCACCGCGGCAGCCACCUGCCGGCCCACCCGCGCUCCAUGGGCAUGGCGUCCAUCCUCGACGGCGGCGACUACCACCACCACCACCGGCCGCCCGAGCACGCGCUGACCGGCCCCCUGCACCCCACCAUGACCAUGGCCUGCGAGACACCCCCCGGCAUGAGCAUGAGCAGCACCUACACCACGUUAACCCCUCUGCAGCCUCUACCUCCCAUCUCGACGGUCUCGGACAAGUUCCCUCACCACCACCACCACCAUCACCACCAUCACCAUCCCCACCAGCGGAUACCGGGCAACGUGAGCGGCAGCUUCACGCUCAUGCGGGACGAGAGGGGUCUGGCGUCUAUGAACAAUCUCUACACCCCCUACCACAAGGAUGUUACCGGCAUGGGGCAGAGCCUCUCUCCGUUGUCUGGAUCGGGCCUGGGGAGCAUCCACAACUCCCAGCAAGGGCUGCCCCACUACGCUCACCCCAGUGCCACCAUGCCCGCCGAGAAAAUGCUCACCCCAAACGGAUUUGAAGCCCACCACCCUGCCAUGUUAGCCAGGCAUGGCGACCAACACCUCACCCCCACCUCCGCUGGCAUGGUGCCUAUCAACGGGAUCCCACACCACCCCCAUGCCCACUUGAAUGCCCAGAGCCACGGGCAGAUCCUGGGCUCUGCCAGGGAGCAAAACCCUUCUGUAACUGGUUCGCAGGUCAACAGUGGAAGUAAUUCAGGGCAAAUGGAAGAAAUCAAUACCAAAGAAGUAGCUCAGAGGAUCACCACCGAGCUCAAGCGGUACAGCAUCCCCCAGGCUAUCUUCGCCCAGAGGGUGCUAUGCCGCUCUCAAGGGACGCUCUCAGACCUGCUGAGGAACCCCAAGCCCUGGAGCAAGCUCAAAUCCGGCCGGGAGACCUUCCGCAGAAUGUGGAAGUGGCUCCAGGAGCCGGAGUUUCAGCGGAUGUCUGCUCUACGGCUUGCAGCGUGCAAGAGGAAAGAACAAGAACACGGGAAGGACAGAGGGAAUACACCCAAAAAGCCUCGGUUGGUCUUCACCGAUGUCCAGCGUCGAACUCUACAUGCAAUAUUCAAGGAAAAUAAGCGUCCGUCCAAAGAGUUACAAAUCACCAUUUCCCAGCAGCUCGGGUUGGAGCUGAGCACCGUCAGCAACUUUUUCAUGAAUGCACGGAGGAGGAGUCUGGAUAAGUGGCAAGACGAGGGCAGCUCCAAUUCAGGCAACUCAUCUUCUUCAUCAAGCACUUGUACCAAAGCAUGAAGGAAUAACCACGAACUAAAACCUCGGUGGAAAAGCUUUAAAAAAUAAAUAAAUAAAUAAAUAAAUAAAGACAGACCAGGACCUCAAAAUAGCAGGUUUAUACUUAAAACUAUUUGAAAAAAAAAUAAUAUUUAUAAGUCCAAAGAAACCAAAGACUUAUUUCACCUGCAUUAUGACUUUGUUCUAAGACACACACUUUAGUAGGAUGACGACUUGCAAAAAACAGAGAGGAAGAAGAAAGUGAGAUGGAGGGAACGAAACGGGAAGCAAAGAGAAGAGGAACAGACCACUGGUCUUACACCUUUGCCCAUCCUCAUCUUCACCGUACUUGGCUGUUUAGUGGUUUGGAGCAUAGUGAUUUCCUGUCAUUGAACAGACAUCUCCUCGGAUACAGCUCUUCAUGUCCACAGCCAUUGCCAUGAAGGUGUUCAGUGUAUCCGUACUGCGUACACGCCAGUGGGUAGGGACUGGGUCAGGGCUGGUCUCCAGAGAGGGCUGUGCCAGGGCACAGCCGGCAAAGCGUG